UAAAUGAGGAAAGAAAAAUAAACCCUAAAAAGAAGUAGUUUAGGAACUACAGAUUUGGUCGGAGGUGGACGGUGGUCGUAGUUUCACACUGUUCCGCCCACCAUUCUCCUCUAAAAAGCAAUGCCCUUUCAACCUCCCUCAAUGAUUGUUUUAGCUUAAAGAAGAAACUCCAUCUCUAUAAUACCAACUAAAACACCUUAACCACAAGUUUCUUCCACUUCUUCUCACCACGCGUAUCACUUUCUCUGUCGUCUUCCUCUCCCUCCUCAUUUCUUUUUAUAUUUAUCCAACAAACUUCGCUUUUAUUCAAAACAUACCCACUCUUUCUUAAAGACUAUGGCUUUGCUCAUGACCAUCAUCUUAGGACUCAUCUUAGGAUGGCUGGCUUUCGUUGUUGGGUUGCUCAUAGGAUGGGCAUGGAGACCCAGAUGGGUUUCUUCUCCUAGUGAAGAGAAAGUCCAGUCACAAUGCUCCGCUCCUAGAUCUUUCGAGUUGUCUUCGCCAUCAUCUCCUUCUCCGUUAAAGGGUUUUGGUUCAGCUCCUUGCUUCAAAACUCUUGUUUGUGGCACGUGGAAUAUGGCUUUAAGACAACAGAAAACAAUUUCUCCUGUUUCUUCUUCUGAACAAGUACAUGUACUUGAUGGAGGGAAGAAAACAGAGGAGAGGUUGCCUAAUACUGUAACAGAGUUAGAUUUGAGGAAUCUUGUGCAACUGGUUGAGAGGAAAGAUGGUGGUCUUCCUUGGAUUCAGAUGAUGGAUCAGUUUAUUCCUGGUAUGAGAUAUCAAGCUUGGUUAAGAGAACCUAAGAAUGGUCCUACUGAGUAUAGAAGCAGAACUGUGUUUGAAGAUGCAACUCCUGAGGUUGUAAGAGAUUUUUUCUGGGAUGAUGAGUUUAGACCGACGUGGGAUACAAUGCUUGCUAGUUCCACAACUGUUGAAGAGUGUACAAGUACUGGAACCAUGAUUGUUAGAUGGAUACGCAAGUUCCCGUUUUUCUGUAGUGAUAGAGAGUACGUGAUUGGUCGAAGGAUAUGGAACUGUGGCAAAUCUUAUUACUGUGUAACAAAGGGAGUGUCGGUUCCUUGUAUACCACGUAACAACAAACAAAAACGUGUAGACUUGUUCUACUCAAGUUGGUGCAUUCGACCAGUGGAAUCAAGAAGUGACGAUGGAGUAACAAGUGCCUGCGAAGUGCUUUUGUUUCACCACGAAGACAUGGGGAUACCGAAGGAGAUCGCAAAGCUCGGAGUCAAACGAGGAAUGUGGGGAGCAGUGAAGAAGAUGGAGCCUGGUUUACGCGCUUACCAAGAGCAAAGACUCUCAAGAGAAGGAGGGUUCAAGCUUUCUCGGCCAGCUUUCAUGGCUCAGAUCAACACCAAGAUCACAUCAGAACAUCUCGUUUCGCUCAGCAACGGUGCAACGUCUGAAGCUGAAGCUCCUGAAACUGAAGCUCCAGUUACGUUGGACCGAGGAAAUGGAGCUGAGAAUCUGAAGAAGCUGUUGUUUAUCGGUGGAGCUGUUGCGGUUGCUUGCACUUUGAGUGGUGGCGGUUUUGUUCCUCCUGCGGUUCUUCUAGGGUUUGGGAAAAGGUUUGGUGGAAGAAAACGUGAGCCCCAAGGAACAGCAACUACUACUACAAGAAGUCAAAGUCAAACUACUUCUUCAUAGAAUGAAAAUAAAUAAUCCAAGAUUUAGAUCAUUCAAUAUUAGUUUUGAUUAAUCUUUAUAUAAAAGGAAAUAUAUUUGCUUACAAGUAAUCAAUAAAAAAUAGAAAAUUAUCAAA